AUGCCAAUGUAUGUUGCUGUAAAAGACAUUGGCCCGCUCGAUAGGGAGAAAGCAAUAAGAGUCAAGUGUGUUAGAUGCUACGAAAUAGCUGAAAACAGAGGGUCUACAGAGAUCAAGAGUCGAGAAGUGUUGGUCUGCGAUAAAGAGGGAACUUUCAUACAUUUGAACAUGCAUAACAGUGAUGUCAAAAAAUACAAAAAUGUUUUCAUAGAAGGGAAGCUCUAUUCAGUAAAAAACUUUUUGGUGUUCACCCACUAUUAUACUUACAAAACUUGUGAUCACCAAUAUAUGAUUAGGCUAAACUAUAAGACUCAGGUAAAGGCAAUCAAAUCGAAAGGUUUUCCUAAUAAGAUGUUUCAGCUAAAAACCUAUGACUCUUUGAAAGACCCUACUCAAGUCAAUGACAAGGUGUUGUUUGAUUUAAUAGGUAGAGUUGUCGAGAUCUAUGUUCCUGUUGACAAAAUAAUAGGAGGCAGACCAGCCAAACUUCUAGACUUUAAAAUGGCUGAUAAUGAGGGAAAUACCUUACAGUGCACUGUGUGGGACAGUCAUGUUGGUUCCAUGCUACCAUACUAUGAUUCUGGUCUUAAAGAACCACCAAUUUUGGUUCUUCAGCUUUGUCGGGCAAAAGUGGUCAAUGGUGAAAUCAGAAUUACUAGCUGCUAUGAUGCUACCCAACUUCAUUUGAAUGCAUCUUUUCAGGAAUUUGCUGAUUUUAAGUCUCAGUUAACUGCAUCAAAUAACCCUUUACGCAGUAUUAGCACUGCAACUGUGUUGUCUCAAUCCACAGGAAUUGAUGACUUCACCAGUGGUGCUUUGACUGUAACUCCAGUAGCUGAUCUGUUGAAAAAGAAGCAGAAUGGGGAGUUCUAUGUACCUGCUAAAAUUGUGGCCAUUGAAGGCUCUUUUGGAUAG